AUGAGCGACAUCGCCAAGAAAACCCUUCCUGCCGGCGCUCAACAGCAGGGCGCCAAAACAGCCGACACUACCUCUCAGGCCGACCCUUCAGCUCCUCGCUCCACCCACGCCGGCGAAGAAGGUGCCUCCUAUGUGGGGGGCUCUGAGUCCUCCGCUGGGGGUGGGGAGUACACCCACGCAAAGCAGGGCGACGAGCACCUCGAGGGUAUUGAAGAGGAGUCGGGAGAGAUCCUUAUGAAGGAUGAGGAGGAGGGAGCCGAGAAACCUUCUAGUGAUGAAUUCGAGAAAGUAGAAGCGGAAGGUGAUGAUGCGAGAACGGAGCUGGAGGCUCAGAGUAGGGAGCCGGCGGACUUUGAUGUUGGUGAUGAUGAUGAAACGGAGGAGACGGAAUCCAAGGCUCAAACUCAGACUACUGAGGGCCAAGAGGAGGCUGCUUCUGCCAUUCCUGCUACCGAAACCGGGGAGGGCAGACCUGAAGAGCGGUCUACUGUUAGCGAGGCUUCCGGCAAGACUUCGUUGCUCACCGAGCAAGCCAAGGAGGCCCUCGACAAGGCCUCGAAGGACCAGCCCACUGAAGAAGCCCGCGAGUCUUUCCUCCAAUCUGCCAAGGACGGUCUGACGGCCGGAAGCACCAUGACCGGUGUAACUAAGAAAACGGGCGAGACUGAGACUUCCGCAGCGCAGUCGCAGCCGCAGGAACAGGCUUCGCACCCCAGCGACGAAGUCUCUGGUUCUCAUCAGUACACCGUUCAAGAAGAAGGGGAGGAGGGUACUGAGACCAAGACCAAGACUGCUCCCAGCGAGUACACCGCUACCGCUCCCGACACUCAAGCGCAGCAGACCGGCACUUCCCAACCCAGCGGCGAAGUCUCCAAGGAGCAGCAAUACGCUCGCUCCGUCACCUUUGAUGAGUCGCAAAACAAGUCUCAGGAGGCGCCGACCGAGUACACGGGCGAGGACUCCGGCUCCGCGAUCGGAACCGAACAGACGGCCACGCAACCUGGCACUGGCUACACUGGCACUGGCUACACCCAGUCGCAGUCGCAACCCCAGCCAUCCCACCCAUCAGACGAAAUCUCGGGCACAAACCAAUACACCGGCACGGGAACUACCACUUACGACUUCGGCACCCGCACCGCUACCGCGCCAACCCAAAUCGGCGAAACCGACCAAACCGGCACGGGAACUACCACCUACGACUACGGCACCCGCACCGCCACCGCGCCGACCCAAACCGGCGAAACCGAACAAACCGGCGAGGGUGUCCCCACGGGCGAGUCGGUCACCGUCGCCGAGCACCUCGACUUCUCGGUGCUCAAGAACGGCAAGGUCAACAAGGGUGGUAACGUCAUUGAUUCCAAUGGCAAGAUUGUCGGGCGCGUCGUGUCGGGUAUCCUGCAGUACCUCGUCGGCAAGAAGGUCGACGAGAACGGGGACAUUUGGUCUGACAAUGGAAAGGUGAUUGGCAAGGCGGAGCCGAUUUCCGACAGCGAGCGGGAGGAUAUGCUCAAGGAGCCGGCGCCCUUUGAGAGCUUCCCCGACGCGGUCGUGGACGGGAACGGCAUGGUGGUCAGCAAUGGGGAGUGGAUUGGUAAAGUUAUCGAGGGUGAUUUGAAGGUGCUAAGAGGCAAGAGCGUCGAUGCGGAUGGCGACAUUAUGGAUAAGGCCGGGAACGUGAUUGGGCGUGCGGAACGCUGGGAGCCAGAACCCGAGGAGGAGCCUGAGCCCGAGCCCGAAGUGGACAAGAGCAUUUUGGCAGGGAAGAGGGUCAAUAAGGCUGGCAAUGUGGUUGAUGGCUCGGGAGUCAUCUAUGGUCGCGUGGUGGAGGGUGAUGUGAAGAGGAUGGUUGGUCGCAUGUGCGAUAAGAAUGGCAACGUUCUCAGUGAGAGCGGUGAUAUUCUCGGCAAAGCCGAUCUUGUGCCCGAGGGCGAGCGCGAGGGUAUGAAGGAGGGUCCUUUCUCUGAGCUUGAGGGCUGCACCGUUGCCAAGGAUGGAACCAUCGUCACACCUGGUGGUGAUAUCGUCGGCCGUCUCGUCAAUGGCGACCCCAAGGUGCUCUUUGGUCGCCCUGUCGAUGACGAUGGUGAUGUCCUCGACAAGAACGGCAACGUCCUCGGCCAUGCUGAGCGCUGGACGCCCGAGGAGGUUGAGCGGAAGAAGAACCCCAUGUCUGACCGCAAGGUGAACCGUGAGGGCAACGUCGUCGAUGAAGACGGUAACAUCAUCGGCAAGUUGACUUCCGGUGACCCUCAGUCUUGCUCCGGUAAGGAGAUUGAUGACGACGGAGACGUUGUCGACUACAAGGGUACUGUCAUCGGCCACUGCACACUCCUCGAGGAUCUUAGAGAAGAGGAGUCGCCCGAGGAAAAGGAGAAGAGGGAGCAGGCCGAGAAGGACAAGAAGCUGGCUCUCCAGAUGGCUGUCUGCAUUGAGCAGUGUCUUGACAAGAUUCGCCCGCUUUGCAAGAUGAUCACCGAGAAAAUCGACAAGGCCGAACGCACUCCCGAGGAUGAGCGUGACGAAGAGGCGCUCGUCAGGGAAGUCAAGCCUUUGAUCGAGGAAGGUGGUCGUAUCCUCACCGAGGCCAAAGGUAUCAUUAAAGGCCUCGACCCCGAUGGCCGCAUCGCAGCCAACGCCAAGCACAAGACUGCCUCGCGCGAGGCCACUCCUGAGGAGUACCAUUUGGCUGAGGUCCUCAAAGACCUCACUGGUGACAUUACGCAGUGCAUCGAGAACGCCAAGAGAAAGCUUGAAGACAUGCCUCAUGCGAAGAAGGAGCUCAACCCUCUCUGGGGUCUUCUCAACGAGCCCCUCUUCCAGAUCCUGGCUGCCGUUGGCUUGCUUCUGGCCGGUGUUCUUAACCUUGUCGGCAGAUUGCUGAGCGGUCUCGGUCUUGGUGGGCUCGUCGACGGCCUUUUGGGAACACUUGGUCUCAACCGCGUCCUUGAGGGUCUUGGUCUUGGAUCCCUUACCAAGAGUUUGACUGGAGCCAGCAAGAAGAAGAACAGUGGUCUCUUGGGCCUUGGUGGCUAGAUGUGUACGGGAAAAUGGGAUGUUUUGGUCGUGGAAUGUUUGGAUAUGGUAAUGUUAAUUGUCCUGAUAAGUUAAUGUGUGUCAUGAACCCGGUUUGCGAAUGUUAGUCUAGCUUCUUUCCAAGAUCUUGGUUAAAUGGUUCAGUGUUUACAGUCGAGUGUCCUACUCUAAUAUUCAGUCAUUCUUCCCU